GACCAGGGAGGAGUGCUGGUCCGCAAAGGAUGACACGCACAAAUCAAAAGGUGUACCAAAACGGACACUUGAAACGAACCCAACUGAGACGGUUGGAAGCCGCUUUUGCGCAAGCCUGAAAAAGGUCUUCAGGCUGAAACCUUCACGUACAAUAUUCUUCGAGCAGAUACAAUCUACUUUAAAGCCAUGUAGAUGGAAUCUACUUUGUACGAUCUAUAAUUUGUGGGCUGUGCAGCAGCAUCGACAACUUGUCAACUUGUCCAUCGAUGUUGUGUGGGGCAGAUGUGUGACACGUCCACCAACACCUUGCGUGACAAGGGCAGCAAGAUUUUACACACCCUGAGCUAUGAAGAAUAGAUGGCGUCAUGAUUUUGAGCCAGCUAUCAGAAUCAGGAAACAGGCUGCUAAUGGCUGCUAUAAUUUUUCAGGAAUGAUCACGACUGCCCCAGGGACGUAGGAACUGUAGCAGAGAGUACAUGAAGUGAAAUGUCACGCACUCAACCAACCUCCUCACAAACAUCUGAAAAUAGACAAUGCACGUGUAGUGUGCAAGAGCGCAAAAUAACUGAAGAGUUUUGAGAAGGUCACGAAAGAGUUCAGGGAGAUAUUGUGGAAUUCUGUUGACUCAAGAGUCUUAAGACUUGCAAGAAGUGUUGUGAAGACAAGUGCUGGAAGAGAGUGUUGCAACAGACGUGCUGUUCAGGAGAUUGCCAGCGUGUUGUGGGACGUCCGUGUUUGUAAGGAUUCUGAAGCGGAACGUCCGAGGCCGAACCACCCCUAGAUCUUGCGGCAGCGAACGGCCACGUGGCUGUCCCUGCUGUUGGCUGGCGCUGCCCUGAAUACGAAGACCGACAAUGGCUUCACACCGUUGCAUCUUGCAGCGGAUGGCCACCUCGCUGCAGUCGAGCGGCUGGUGGCUGCUGGCGCUGCCCUGGAGACAAAGACGCCCAGUGGCCCGGUGCCCGAGGACUGCCCGGUGAUCACAAAAGAUAGGCAAGCGUCGGUGGUUAAGGAUGAACAGGAAGAGCAGGUUGUGGCUGAGCAUGGGAUGCCAGCUUGUAGCUUCUUGUUUGGAAAUGGAACUGGUGAUGGGACUCGGAACUAUUCUCUCCCUGUGGGGCCUGUUGAAAUCUCAAUAGAGCCGGCUGGGUGCUCAAGAUGCCCUUUUUUCCUUUUGUGGACAGAUGUGCGCAGUUUGACUCAGAUUUGGCAGACAAAACUGCGCACGGCUCUGCCUCCUUCAGAGCUUCUCAGGUUGGACACCCCUCCAUGUGGCAACCUUCUAUGGCCACCCAGAGGUAGCGCAGCGUCUCGUCGACGCUGGAUCCGAUGUUGAAGCCAAGGACGGCAAAGGCCGAAGUGCGUGGGACUUGGCCAAGAGCAAGGGCACGUUGGAGGUCAUGGCAAAAGUCCUUCGACCCGUUCCUUGGGGCGGUGCAGUGUUGACUUUUGCUCACUGGUUUCAAACAGGAACUGUUGCAGCAACAUGAACUGUUGCUGCUUCGCUCCUGCACAUGUCUUCCCUCUCAUCUCUUCGACAGUGUCUUUCUUUCCCACUGGGUUGCUGCACGGUAGAGGUCGCAAACCUCACAAACUUGGGCUUUCUAUAACUUCACAAUACAUAAUUACUUCACAAACUGCUGAGGUCCAGGUGGGCCUGCUGAGUGGUCGCACUGCACGCUGUGACCCUCAACCCAGCCGCACUGUGUGUGAGCUGCUGGAAGAAGCCCAGUCAAAGCUGGGGAUUGGGAUUCAGCAGCUUGUCACGAGCUCUGGAAUGACUCUGAACCAAGACUUUACAUUGGAAGAAGCUGGCAUAGACUAUGCAGGUCAUGUUUUUGCCCUCGCUUCGGUCAACGAAGAUGAGGCUCUCCAGACCGCACAGGGAGGACACCUCAAAGCUCUUGCAGCGCUGGGACUUCGGAGCAA